AUAGGAUGUACCAUCGAAACGGCCGUAAACUUCUCUUGUUUCAUAUAUUUCUUGUUUGAGAAAUUUGAUUAUUGACUGCGACGCAACCAACCAAACUUCGAAAGACACAAAUCAAAUCUAGAGUAAUCUAUUGGAGAACAGCAGAACGAUGGACAAAAUACCAGCAGUAAAAACUUUCCUCAUUGGGUAUGCUGUGGCGGUAUUUCUAACCAACACGAAUCGUUGGGUUGAAUCCAUUGGGUUUUAUUUUGAGUGCUUUGUAUUAUUGAAUCAACUGUCAGUGAGCAAACCUUCUUCUGUACUGACCAUGAUCGAAGAUGUGAUAUGCCAAAAGUUUAAGAGGGGAGUUCUGUUGCUCGAGGAACGUGGUCUUAAAUUUUAUGACCUCGGUCAGAUCAAAGAAUCAAUCAGCUGCCUAAAAAAGGCAUUGUGCAUCUACGAAAAAGCUGGUCCUAGAUUGAGAGAAGCGUGGUGUCAUUGCCACUUGGGUAGAUCGCUUCACAUUGCGUGCCAGUAUGAAAGAGCUAUGGAGCAUUAUCAAAAGGCUCUUGAUGUAAGUGGACUAUCAAGACAUGAGAAACAAGAACUCGAAGGAAGGGUUUACAACAACAUUGGUGAGGUAUAUAAUGUGCGUGGAAAUUAUGAAAAGGCUCGUCAGUAUUAUGAGAAAGCAUUUAAAAUAAAUAAGGAAAUUGGAAAUGAGAUGCACCAAGCGAUAUACUACAACAACAUGGGAGUAAUGAAUCAUAACUACCUGGGCAAUCUUGAAGUAGCACUUGAUUUCCACGAAAAAGCACUCGAGAUUCGUAAAAGACUUGGACGCAGAAAAGAGGAAGGAACAUCCUAUAACAACAUUGGUGGAGUGUAUGAGGCGCGUGGUGACUACAAAAAGGCAUUGGAAUAUUACGAAAAAAGCCUUGAACUUAGUGUAGACAUCGAAGACAGAGUGUUGGAGGCAAGUAAUCUGUACUUUAUUGGAAAGGUUUCAAUGAUACUCGGUCAGUUGCAAAAAGCCAUGGAAUAUCUUGUAAGAGCCCUUGAACUCAAAUCAGACACAGGUGUCAAAAAGGCUGGAAAUCUCACUGACCUUGGAAGUCUCUACAUGUACAUCGGUGAUUAUGAGAAGGGAAAUCAAUAUCACCAACAAGCCAUUAAACUUUGCGAGGAAUUGGGAGAUCGCGAAAUCAUGGGAAAAUGCUAUCAAAAUGCUAGUGUGCUGCCCAGUUAUCUCGGUGAGAAUGAGAAAGUUAAGAGCUAUUUAGAAAAGGCUAUUGAUAUUCACGAAAAAACUGGAAACAAAGUGGAUCUUGCUAUGGCAUUUACUACAAUCAGUUCUACUUAUAUUUCUGCUGGUCAACACCAGAAAGCAUGCGAAUGUUUACAGAAAGCUCUGAAAGUCAGUGAAGAAAUCGGACACAUCCAAAUAAAGAUAUCAGUUUUAACUGGUUUUGCCCGUUUGAAUUUUCAUCUUGGGAAAUAUGAGCAAGCCAUUGAGCAUGCUGAGGAUGCACUUAAAAUCGCGAAAGAGAUUGGUGAAAAACAAAUGGAGGUGUCUUGUUACGUUCUCCUUGGUAGUGCCUAUUUUACUCAAGGUCACAAAGAGAAAGCAAUCCAGUAUCAGAGCAAAGCACUUGAGUGGAAGAAGGAGAUUGGAAUGGAAAAUCAGUCGCAAAUCAAUCUUCAUUACAUUUUAGGCCAAGUAUAUUCCUCUCAAGGCAACUUCUCGAAGGCAUGUGAAAACUUGCGUGAAGGUAUUAAAAUACACCAAAGAACUCGAUCUUCCCUCAAAGAUGAAACCGACAAGAUUUCAUUGGAUGGUACGAACUGUCCAUGUUAUAAAUCUCUUUCGUGGCUGCUUCUUCGCGAGAGGAAUUUCAACCAAGCCCUUUUUACUCUGGAGCUCGGACGAAGUCGUGCCCUUGUUGAUCUAAUGUCGGAGAGUUACGGAAUCAAAAGGAGUCUUGUUCAUAAAGAAGUAACUCCAGAUGCCCUCCAAAACUUUUUUAAAGAACAGCAAAGGAACUUCCUCUUUAUAGCAACAUUUCGAAUGAAUAGCGAUUUCGCCCUGUGGUUCGUUGACAAAGGCGGAAGUGUAAAAUUCAAACUGGUAAAAAUAGACUUAGAAACCGAGUUAUUCAAAGAAAAUAGUGCCCCCAAAGAGCCUGAAAUGGAUGCCUCUUCAUUGACUUUGGAUGAUCCACACUGCGAAGAUCGUUCAUUGGCUCUGCUGUAUGAAAAUGAUCCAUUUGCUUCACAGGAACAACAGUUAAAACCAAACAAAGGUUCUGUGCAAAUGCAAGUGAAACAAAUCGGAAGCAAAUCAUACAUUGGCCUUUCCUAUACAGUCAAGUACGCUGCCUUAAUUGCUCCUAUUUUUGACCUCAUAGACAGCCCGGAGAUCAUCAUAUCCCCAGAACCCGACAUUUUUUUGAUACCAUUUGCAUCGUUAAAGGAUGAAAAUGGAAAGUACCUUUCUGAAACUGUGAGAGUCCGCCUCAUCCCGUCACUAACGACACUGAAGCUCAUUCACGACUCGGCAGCCAGCUAUCACUCUCAAAGUGGAGCUUUGAUCAUCGGAGAUCCAGCAGUUGGCCCUGUAGAGAUAAAUGGAAGUGUAAAGACUCUAGAUCCAUUGCCUAAAGCCAGAGAAGAAGCGCAGAUGGUGUCAAGAUUGGUAGGAGUGCGCUGUUUGAUAGGAGAGGAGGCCACAAAGGAGGAAGUCUUGAAAAGAAUCCAAGAAGUGAGCUUAGUGCACAUUGCUGCCCAUGGUGAUGAAACCACCGGGGAAAUAGCUCUUGCUCCCAACAGGUCUGUCGUUGGAGUUCCUAAGAUCGGCGACGUCUUGCUAACAAUGAACGACAUAGCUCAAGUUGGUAUCAGAGCCAAGCUGGUGGUACUCAGCUGUUGUCAUAGUGCUCGUGGUAAGAUAUUAAAAGCCGAAGGGAUUUAUGGUAUUGCUCGAGCUUUCCUAGGAUCUGGUGCUCGUUCAGUCCUGAUGUCGCUUUGGGCUGUCGAUGAUGGGGCUACCGAAGCAUUCAUGAAUAUAUUCUACAAGUUCUUGAUCCGUGAGAAACUCAGUGCAAGCGAAUCUCUUCACCAGACCAUGAGAAAGAUGCGAGAGUCAGCACUGUACUCUGAGAGGGAGCACUGGGCUCCAUUUGUCUUACUUGGAGACGAUGUAACUCUCACAUUUUAAGGGGUAAUCAUGCAAGAGGACAAACAUGGAUAUGAUCAUCUCUGAGUCCUGGACCUUGUGCUACAGCGAUGAGGUACAGCCAUGUGAAAGCACCGCUUUGUACUUUACAAUGCUUAGGGCACUCGAAACUGAGUCUGCCAA